CCAAGCAACGAGGCGUCCAUUAUCAUCGCAAAGGCUUCUGGGAAUCCGAGGCCUUUGCGUCCAACGACCGCCCUUUUCGGAGCAAGCGAGACAAGCACAGCCAGCGAUACAUGCGUCGAAGAAAUUAUCACCGACAAAUAUCUCUCCGAAGCGCCACAAACCACCUGGAGGUGGUGCCCUAGGGUUAUUUCCACCACGUUCCGUCGCAGGGAUGAUUACAUAGACGUAUUUGACACAGGAAAGAAUCUGGUGAAUAAUGGCGGCUGAAGUCAUAGGAGGCAGUGAGUUCCCAGAUCACUACAAAGUCAUGAUGGACAAACUGAAUGAACAGCGACAGUUGGACCAGUUCACAGACAUCACUUUGAUUGUAGACGGGCACCAGUUCCGAGCACAUAAGGCAGUGUUGGCAGCCUGCAGUCAGUUUUUUCACAAGUUCUUCCAGGAUUUCACCCAGGAACCCCUGGUGGAGAUUGAAGGAGUGAGUAACAUGGCGUUCCGGCAACUGAUGGAGUUCACGUAUACGGCCACGCUAGCUGUCGCGGGCAAAGAAGAAGCCUUCGAUGUCUGGAAGGCUGCCGAAUACCUCCAGAUGCAGGAAGCCAUCAAGGCACUCGCCAACAAGAGAGAUGACAGUCCUUCAGUGAUACCAAAGAGCAACAGUAAAAAGAGGAAGAUUGCUGAGACGCUUUGCGUCAUCACAGAAGCCCUACCCAUAGUGGAAGAACAGGUGGAGAUAGCGAUGACAGCGGACAAUGCAAUCGAGGUGGAGGACUCUGGGCUAGAAGAGGUGGUGGACGCCGCAAAGAACGCCCAAUCAAACGACUCCGCGUUGGCUCUGCUAGCAGACAUCACCAGCAAAUAUCAGCAAGGGGAACCUUCACUUCAGGUCAUCAAGAGGGGAGAAAUGGAAGAGGUACAGGAAGUCCUGUAUCAGGAAGAAACGGUGACUGCCUCUAAGGUGCUGGAGAACGUGGAGGUAGUGGAGGUCCAGAUUUCCGAAGUGGACAACUCGUUCCGCUGUAGCAAGUGCGACCGAACCUUUAAGAUGUACUACCACCUCAAACAGCACCUGAAAACGCACCUGAGUCUGCUGAAGAAGCCGCACGUGUGCAGCCACUGCGGCAAAGCCUACACGCGGGAGGGCGCCUUGAAUCAGCACUUGAGCUCCUUCCAUUUUGAUGUGGAGGAACAGGCCCAAAACCAGAAAGCCUCAAAGAGAGUUCACGUUUGCGAGUACUGUAAAAAGCACUUCGACCAUUUUGGACAUUUUAAGGAGCACCUGCGAAAACAUACUGGUGAAAAACCAUACGAGUGUCCAGACUGUCACGAACGAUUUGCGAGGAACAGCACGCUGAAGUGCCAUAUGGCGGCCUGUCAGAACGGGGCCGGAGCCAAGAAAGGACGCAAGAAACACUAUGAAUGCCAGGUAUGCAGCAGUGUCUUCAACAGCUGGGACCAGUUCAAAGACCAUCUUGUGAGCCACACUGGAGACAAGCCCAACCAUUGCACCAUGUGUGACUUAUGGUUUACUGACCCUCAGGAGCUAAAGGCUCACCUCAAAGACGUUCACGCCAUAGAGGACGAAAAGCCGAGCGAAGAGCUGGUCGUUACUGACACAGUAGCGACCGCAGCGCUCACGAUCACCACACAGAACAUCGAGACCACGGAAACGGUGCUGCUGGACGACGGCAUCCAGGUGGAGCACGUCACAGUAAACCCCAUCGAGGUGAUUGAGAUGGAAGAGACGACGACAGUCGUGGUGGACGACGGAGGGGUGGCCGAGAUGUGCGAGGAGGAUGUCGAGAGACUGAAGAAGGCCGGCGUGCAAAUCCAGGUGGUGCGCGUGUCCUCCAGCGAGGUGGAUGAGCAGCAGGUGACCCACCCUCAGGUGGAAGUGGAGUUGGACGGAGAGAUGAUCAACAUGGAGGAAACGAUACAAGCGGUGGUUGUAUGAAAAAGUGAGCGAGCCAUGAAAACAAUGCUUGAAGGAUACUGAACACCUAGUUCCUGUUUUUUUUAUCAUCAAGCUCGAACUUCCUGAAUUUUGCCAAAUGGACAAAGAUGUGGAUUUGUCAUGUUGUAUUUAUUUUAAAGUUGUCAUCCUGUCGCAAGUUGA